UCCAGAAUCCUGUAUCUAGCUCUCUCAUCCAGAAUCCUGUAUCUAGCAGCCAUCACUGUCAGCCAGAAUCCUGUAUCUAGCAGCCAUCACUCUCAUCCAGAAUCCUGUAUCUAGCAGCCAUCACUCUCAUCCAGAAUCCUGUAUCUAGCUCUCUCAUCCAGAAUCCUGUAUCUAGCUCUCUCAUCCAGAAUCCUGUAUCCAGCAGUCAUCACUGUCAGCCAGAAUCCUGUAUCCAACAGUCAUCACUGUCAGCCAGAUUCCUGUAUCCGGCAGCCAUCACUCUCAUCCAGAAUCCUGUAUCCAGCAGUCAUCACUGUCAGCUAGAAUCCUGUAUCUAGCAGUCAUCACUGUCAGCUAGAAUCCUGUAUCCAGCAGUCAUCACUGUCAGCUAGAAUCCUGUAUCCAGCAGUCAUCACUGUCAGACAGAAUCCUGUAUCCAACAGUCAUCACUCUCAGCCAGAAUCCUGUAUCCGGCAGCCAUCACUCCCAGCCAGAAUCCUGUAUCCAGCAGCCAGCACUACCAGCAUCCUGCAGCCAUCACUCCCAGCCAGCAGCCGGCAGCAUGAUGGAGGAGAUAGACCGCUUCCAGGUGCCCACUGUGCGCUCCGAGAUGCAGCCCCUGGAUCCCGCGGCGGCUGCGAUAUCUGAUGGUGACUGUGAUAUUCGCGAGGGAGAGACCGUCUCCAUGAAUUACAAGCCCUCUCCUCUGCAGGUCAAGUUAGAGAAGCAAAGGGAGAUGGCCAGGAAAGGGUCCCUAAAAAACGGGAAUGUAGGAAGCCCUGUGAAUCAACAGCCCAAGAAAAACAACGUCAUGGCUAGAACAAGACUUGUUGUUCCAAAUAAAGGAUAUUCAUCUCUAGAUCAAAGUCCAGAUGAAAAGCCACUGGUAGCCCUGGACACAGACAGUGAUGAUGACUUUGACAUGUCUCGAUACUCGUCUUCAGGAUAUUCUUCCGCUGAGCAGAUUAAUCAAGACUUGAAUAUCCAGUUGCUAAAGGAUGGAUACCGGUUAGACGAGAUCCCAGACGAUGAAGACUUGGACCUGAUCCCCCCAAAGUCUGUCAACCCCACAUGCAUGUGCUGCCAAGCUACAUCCUCCACCGCCUGCCAUAUCCAAUAGUGAGGGAGUGAGCCACUGAUCUGUGCUUUCCACAAUAACAGCCAUUGCUUCCUCCUAUGGUAGGACAUGCACCUGUCUGUUCAUGGAGCCAGGAGAAACCAAAAACCCCACUCUUUAUUUAGCUGCUGCCAGAUGUGUAUCUAUAGGAGCAGGUACGGGGCUACCGGGGCGGUCUGGUCCUUCAAGCACCCACCUGCUCAUUGGAGGUCAUUAUGGGAUAUGCUGCUCCUUUUAUAGACAAAUGUGGGUGGCAGCGAAAUCAGCCUGUGAGUAAAAUCCGUAACAUCCCGUCAUACUGGCUGUAAAUUAAACGACGUAGGACACGUAGUGAUUAGGUGCUCAGACAGCAGGUGUGCAAUUUCUAGCAAGAUAUAUCUAUUAAUAUAUGUUACUUUUUGUGAUUUUUCCAGUGAAAUGAUCUAAAAAUAAAGUGGUAGUCACUGUCCCUUGAGUCCUGUCCCCGUGGUCACCCUGAAUGCUCUGCGCUGUAAGAGUGGCUUAAUGUGUUUUCACCAGACCUAUAUUUAAACACUAAGUUAGGAGUGCAGUUAUAUGUAACAUUAAACGUCGACCUUUAGAAACAAGUCGUGCCUCACAACCUUCAAAUAAUGCGCAGUCUUGCCCUCCAGUCUUUUUGAUGUACUCAUUUGCAAACUUUGGAUAUAUAUAUAUAUAUAUUUUCAGUGAUGUAUAAACUGAGAAAUCAUUUUAUAGAAUGGCAUAUGUUGAGUUUAAUAGUAUAUAGAUAUACGAGAUGACUGCAUCCAGCUAAUUGUAUUCAUAGAUAUUAGGAUAUUGCAACUGCUUUCAUCAAAAAGACUGCCAGCUGUCACAUUUGUGGCUGAGUUAAUUGUAUGCAGCUGUUACGAAGAGACCAGUAUAAUUUCAUGUUAAUGUGUCCGUAACUGACCAAUAUCCUACAGUUUACCUAACAGAACAACCGCUCAGGGCUGACGCACAGCGCACACUGCGGUUUUGGUUUCUUCUCUCUCCAUCGCUUGCAACCAUAUUUUCUGAAGAGAAAAGGCAGCAGAUGUGUAUGUUUUACAAAACCCCCGCGUUUGCUGUUCAGGUUCAGCUCCUGUGUCUCAGUUUAGACCUCUCUGUAAGUUCCACGCCGUCAUUGUGCCAUGUUCCUGCAAUACUAAAUAGGGAUGAACAUCACCUUCACGUGUGGUCCCUCUGGGUCCAUGUCUCUUGCAUGUUGAAUGAGUGAGGUAGUAUGAUCUGUGUAUCAUUGAGGGGCCAGUAGUCAAUGAAAAUUAUAAUCACAUCCCGAAGAGCCAGAGACAAAGUAAUCCAAUGCUGGUAACGGGAGCAUAUUUCUAAACUGUGAGGUAAAACAUGUCACUGCUUAAUUGUCCAGGUAUACUGUUGGUAGCUUGUAUGCCAGAUGAAGAGAUGCUUGCACUGAGAGAGUUAAAGGGAAACUAUAGUGUUAGAAAUACAAAACUGUAUUCCUAGGGCUAUAGUGUCCCUCUGUCUUUUCACCGCCUGGCAAUUUAAGUUUUUUUUUCACUUACCUGUUUUCAUUGCUGAGGGCACUCUGCGCUGGAUCAGUCCCUCCUCCCGCGACUUCACGCCAAUGGUUGAAGCUAAUGCGCAUGCUUUAGAGAUUCCCCAUAGGGAAUGACCAAACAAUGACCAGACACCCCUAUUAUAGAACAAAUAAUGACCAGACACCCCUUUUAUACAACAAAUAAUGACCAGACACCCCUAUUAUAGAACAAACAAGGACCAGACGCUCCUAUUAUAGAACAAUAAUGACCAGACACCCCUAUUAUAGAACAAUAAUGACCAGACACCCCUAUUAUACAACAAAUAAUGACCAGACACCCCUAUUAUAGAACAAACAAGGACCAGACACUCCUAUUAUAGAACAAAUAAUGACCAGACACCCCUAUUAUAGAACAAUAAUGACCAGACACCCCUAUGAUAGAACAAAUAAUGACCAGACACCCCUUUUAUACAACAAAUAAUGACCAGACACCCCUAUUAUAGAACAAUAAUGACCGGACACCCCUAUUAUAGAGCAACCAAUGACCAGACACCCCUAUUAUAGAGCAACCAAUGACCAGACACCCCUAUUAUAGAACAAUAAUGACCAGACACCCCUAUUAUAGAGCAAACAAUGACCGGACACCCCUAUUAUAGAGCAAACAAUGACCGGACACCCCUAUUAUAGAACAAUAAUAACCAGACACCCCUAUGAUAGAACAAACAAGGACCAGACACCCCUAUUAUAGAGCAAACAAUGACCAGACACCCCUAUUACAGAACAAACAAUGGUCAGAAAUUCCUGUAUUAGAAAAAACAAUGCCCUGACACCCCUGUUUUAGAACAUAUACUGGUUAAAUGCCCCUGUUUAAACAUAGCACGAAGGCUGAGGCUGUUCCUAUUAACUAUUUUAGUUCCUAGGAAAGAUACAUAGUUACAUAGCUGAAGAGAGACUUGCGUCCAUCAAGUCCAGCCUUCCUCACAUAUGUUUUUGCUGUUGAUCCAAAAGAAGGCAAAAAACCCAAAAGCGCUUCCAAUUUUGCAACAAACUAGUAAAAAUUCGUACUUGACCCCAAAAUAGCAGUCAGUUAUCUCCUUGGAUCCAGCAGCUAUUACCCCACUAAUUAGAAAUGAUAUCCCUGUAUGUUAUGUUUUUUCAAGUAUUUAUCCAAUUGCAGUUUAAACCUCUGUAUGGACUCUGAUAAAACCACAUCUUCCGGCAAUGAAUUCCAUAUCCUUAUUGCUCUUACUGUAUAAAAACCUUUUCUUUGCCUUAGAGGAAAUCUCCUUUCUUCCAGCCUAAAUGUGUGACCUCGUGUCCUAUGUAUAGCCCUGUUUAUGGAUAGAUUUCCAGAUAAUGGUUUGUACUGGCCCCGAAUAUAUUUGUAUAAUGUUAUCAUAUCCCCUCUCAGGCGCCAUUUUUCCAAACUAAACAGAUUUAAUUUUUUUAACCUUUCUUCAUAACUAAAAUGCUCCAUUCCUUUUAUCAAUUUUGUAGCUCGUCUCUGCACUUUUUCUAGUGCCUUGAUAUCCUUCUUUAGAACAGGCGCCCAAAUUGCACAGCAUAUUCAAGGUGUGGUCUUACCAGCGAUUUAUAAAGAGGCAAAAUUAUAUUUUCAUCCAGAGAAUGUAUGCCCCUAUUUAUACAUGACAAAACCUUACUGGCCUUAGCAACGGCAGAUUGACAUUGCAUAUUGCUGCCUAAUUUGUUGUCUAUAACAAUUCCCAAAUCCUUCUCGUGUGUGGUUAUCCCUAGUUCACUACCAUUUAGAUGCAGCCAUUAUAUGAAAUAACCCCUAUGUGUAUGUCAGUAAGUACACACAUAACACAAACAAGCGGACCCCUGCAUCUGAGGAGCCCAUUGUCCAGGUUGUUCUUGAUUUUUUUAAUUUUGUGUUAACUCUCUCAGCGGACCCCUGCAUCUGAGGAGCCCAUUGUCCAGGUUGUUCUUGAUUUUUUUAAUUUUGUGUUAACUCUCUCAAUGCCUGGAGCAUCUAUUGGUUAGUGACAGAGCGGGCUUGAUCCUUUCUCCCGCAUUAAUGCCUUGGAAACCGGUCUACGUGGUUUCAGUGGGUAUUGGUUCCUCUCAUCAGCGCUUUACCAUGAUCCCACUACUGGCUCAAUCUCUCCUUUCCAUUUAGCUUGUUUUCCCCUCUCUGCAUCGUUAGAAUGUAAAUAUUGUGACGAUCCAUGUACACCCAACACAUACAUUAUUUAUUUCUGCUUACAUCCCCUCCUCCCGUACCAAAUUUUCCAUUUUCUAUGACCAACGCAUUUAACAUGCCUGUGUUUCAUAGCAUAUGAAGCUGCCUUAACCCCUUCAUAGAAUCGUCCUCUCAAGGGGUUAAAUAUGUUUUGACUAAUGGAAUAAAAUAUUACUGAAAUGCAUCUCAUCACCCCAUAUUAUAGAAUGGGUUACAUUACAUGUAAUUUUAUUUUUUUAUUUUAGUUUUUCUUUCUUUAUGUAUUAUUUAUUUGAA